ACAAAAUAUAUCCCGUUAAUUUCACUUUUUGCACGUUCUAUUCUUGUCUGUUUCGUAAGAAUGUGACAAAUCAUUAAUACACAUUGGUCUUAUAGUAAGAAGUAAUCGAAAUGUGGUUUUGCGAGUGAACAACAUUGGUCGUUCGCUGUGAUGCGUAUAAAAUAGAAAAUAGCAAUUCAUGCAUGGGCGUUUCUUUGAUGUAGCCUUUUAGGCCCCUGUCGAAUGCUUUGCACGUGGACUGGUGAAAUGCAUUCUCUUGUUGUUUUCCAACCGCGAUGAGGUUCCGUAUUCGCCAUGCCGUUACAGUUUUGACUGUAUGUGCACUAGUAUGGCUGGUUCAUUUGAGUUCUGUAUUCUUUCACAAACUCCCCGAGCAAGUUUUGUCAUUUUCCAACGAGAGGGAGGAUGACAUACAGCAGUCAAUGGGUGCUGAUCUUGAACUGUUAAAAGUUCGCCAUCAUGAAGAACUCAAGUCUGACAACAUUGGGUCUAUUCCAGUAUUUGUUGUGGAAGAACACCAUGAAGUAUUACGGUACUGGUUUGGUUCAGCAGAAAAGGGACUCAUUCCUAAGGAAGGAAAUACUCUGUUCCAUAUUGAUGGCCAUUCUGAUGCAGCAACCCCACUGUUUCUUGACAUCAUCCCUCUCUUCAGACGGCCGAAAUCCAGAGAAGAAGUCUUUAAUAUGAUGCAGCGGAAUGAUGUCUUCAUUGCUGCUGCAGGGCUGGGAAAGCUGAUUAACCGGUACAUCUGGGUGUGGCCGUCCUGGGACGAGCAGAACCACGCAUCGGCUCACGAGGCCUUCGACAUGGAGGCCGGUAUCUUCGCGGGAAACGGAUCCACCAGACUGUGUGGCUGUGUCAAGUCUCACUUCAACAGCAGUGACAGUUUCUGUGUGAGGCAGGAUCCUGUCAAGGACGACUACAUGUCGGUUCCGAUAAACAGAACAGACUGUGGUCUGAUAUUCUCGGGCUUGGUAGAAGGUGUUUCAGAAACGAAGGCCAUUGAACUGUUGAAUGAAGGAAAUUGGCUAACUGCCAAGGACAAUGUGAUCCUUGAUAUAGACGAGGACUACUACGGCUGUGAAACUGUUCUCCAGACACUCGAGGAUGCUAACAUCACCCUUGAUAUGGUGAACAAGCUUUCCAGUCGAAUCCAGUAUUUAUUCUGUCCGGUCACUGUGAUACAGGAAACGGCUGCCGACGACUUCUUCCACACGAUAAUCGAGAUCAUUCUUGAAAUGAAAUCACAUUGUGGGAACUCGCAUUUCCAGAAACAGUGUACAGGCUUAAAUCUACACAAUGCACUUGUAGGAAUGAUUCCCGACCUGCUGGACAGUGUUUACAAAGAACACGCCACAGGGAUGUUGUGCCAGGGAAAACACGACCUCAUGAACGGAUUGAUGGUUCAGACCUUAGUCCAGCAUUUAACGACUUUCACAACGCCACAGCUGAAGGUGUUGUCGGAGAUUGGUGUGUGUCUGGAGACGGCCGUGACGUCAUUCAUCGAGUCGUCGGAUGGUUUACGCUUGUGUCAUGGGUCGAAUCUUCCCAACGAAACCAUCGUCCUUUACCACUCUCCGACACCGAAAGAGAUUCAGGAGAGGACUAAAACCCUUCACUCACUGUUGCAUUCUGGGUCGUUUACUCCGCACAUGGUGACAAUAUGUAGGUCAGUACGAGACGAUUAUACCCCACGUAGCUAUUUCCAUAAAAUAGAAGGCGAUAUUCUCAAAGUCCUGCAUGAGUCAUUUUCAGACAUACACUGGGCGACGGUGUAUUAUGACAAACAUCUGCUGGGAGGAAAACGUGGCUGGCCACGGCGGCAUCACUAGAAUUACCGCAACACAAAUUAUGGCAAAUAUCCAACCCCCUGCAAUUGCCCACGACAAUCGACAAUGCCGUAGAGGUUUUCAUUCUCCACGGCACUUUUUUGGUUGUUGAGUCUAUUACAUUUAUUUUCCACAGCAUGUUUUUUGCAUUACCAAUGCCAUGGAGUUUUUCAUUCUUCACUGCACUUUUUAGCUGUUGACUAUAUUACAUUUUUCCCUCAUGGCAUGUUUUUUUGCUGUUGACUAUAUUACAUUUUUUCCUCAUGGCAUGUUUUUUUGCUGUUGACUAUAUUACAUUUUUUCCUCAUGGCAUGUUUUUUUGCUGUUUGACUAUAUUACAUUUUUUCCCCAUGGCAUGUUUUUUGGCCAUGGACAUUUUCUGAAUUGCAGGGGUUGAAUAUCUGUAGCAUUAUCCUCUUCUGUUAGUAAUCUGAUAAAAAAGAACAACUUGUUUCAUUUAUAUGAAACUAAAAAUAAAAUUUGUAUGAAUGUUUCAGAAAAUCAUUUUAGGUAUAAAUGUUAAUUUGAAGAUGUUCAUCUCAAUACAUGUUUAAACAAUUUAAAAACUGGUUUUAAUGACAGAACUAGAUGAAAUGUGAAUGUUUACAUCAGUUUGUUUUUUGUUUUUAUAAAAUAAAUUUAAUUUUAAUUUAAUUUAAUUUAGUUUUAAAAAUGCAAUGAGAUGAAUAUCCGUGUGUACAGCUAGGAGCGAAACGGUUUCAGUUUAUAUUAUAUAUAUAUAUAUUUUUGUUCUCCAUUCACCAAUUCAUUUAUUCUUGAAAACAAUCAAGCUGUCACACCAUAUAACACCAUAACCUGUAGGUCCAUGGAUGGGCAUGUUAUUCCUGUUUAAAUCGUGGCAUCAAAAUUGGUCUACAUGCCGGCCUUUGGGAAUUGAAAGUUUGCGUAAGCUAACCCAAAUAUGGGUUGCGCAAUUAUUUUUCAGAUCACCCAUUUCAAUUUGCAUAACCCAUUACAAGUAUAUGAUUAUGUUAACACAGUGAUAAAUGAUGGUGUAAAAUAUUUUUAAAUGUCUUUAUUUUUUUUUUGUGAGAACGAAAAAUGGUUUAGGCAAAACUAGAUUUGUGAGAACAGUACGUGAGUGAAAUAAUCGUUUGUGCAAUUUUCAAAGGCCUGUACGUGUCAGUUCCAUUUUUAUUUGAAGGGACUGUCAAAAUUGUCUUCAAAUUUAAAACUUUAGAACAACAAUGAUAAACUUAUUUUCAUUAGAAAGUACACCCACUAAUUUUAUCGAUUAACCAAAUAAAGCUAUUGCACCUUUUGUCUUAACAUUAACUCCCUUUCUGUCCUGGAGAGGCAAUCCAGGUUGCUGGACUGUGUCCCUAGGACAAUGUACUUGAACCUUAAUUGGAUAUAUAGGCAUUUCAAAUAUUUAUAAGUAAGUAAGUUGUAUUUUUGAACUGCCAUUUGUACCAUUGUAACCAUAGAAAUCAAUUAAUGUUGUAAAAGGGAAUUUGUUUUACAUUAGAAGCAGACCCUAAUCUAGAAUUGAGAAAGUAGAAAUGACUUGUGAUUAAAAUAGGCAAAUUAACAUUUAUCAGUAUUAUUUCUUAGUGUUUUGUCAUGUUCCAUGCUAAUUUGGAAACAUUACAAAUUAUACACUGUUCAUUAUAUUUCGUUAUAAUAUACUACUACUUCGGGUAAUAAAAUUUGAUCACAAGUUCAGUGAUUGAAUAUUUUCAUUAAAAACAUGUAUUUAUUACACACCAGUGUUAAGAUAUUACUCAUGUCAUAACAAUUACUCAAUAUCUAACUAGUGCAAUAUUGGCAUGAGCAAACUAGCGCAGUAUUUUUUUAAAUUUUAUUUGAAUGUCAUGUUGCAUGUCCCUGCAAUAAAAUAAACUGGGUGCAUGACUCAUCCUGUACAGUUUACAAACACAAGUAAACAUUAAGUGCAAAAUUGCUAUCACAGUGUGGAGAAUGUUUUGUUCAGAUAUUAUUAACGUAUCUAACCGUGUUUGUACAAAAUAGUGUAGUUUAAAAGUGUAACAUUAAGAAAUCUGGACCUAUUGCAUACAAAGCCGAAAUGAUGAUGUGUCGUCAAACUGCUACUUUUUUUUCCUUUUUUUUUUAUUACGGCGCUAUGUACAAAAUGUCAGCAUCACAUCUAGUCAAUCCUAUUCACUCAUCUCAGUCGUUGCUAGUCCGAUCAAUAAUUUAGUCAUUACUGUGAAUUUGAACACCUCAUUAACUGACAAUUAAUGUAAGAUUCGCGAUAAAAUCUAAACUACUUUGAUGAUGUCUCGUUGCUCAUUGUGACGUUGUUAAAGUUUACGUAUGACGUAGAUCACUUGCUGACCCAAUUCAUAGAAAAAUAAUGUGUAGUAGGUCUCGAUAUCUGCUUACUUCUGCAUUGUGGUUUGUUUGCAGUUGGUUUGUAAUAAAUAAAAUAUUAAACGAGCU